AUGGGAUUUUAUGUUGUUUUGUUGUUAGAGGUUGUUUACGGUUUAAGUGUUUUUAAAUCGGAUUAGUGUUUGGAAUGUUCUAUACUCAUUAGAAAAGAGGAUUGUGAAUAUGCAAAUUGUUUUUGGAGUUCAAAUGGUGUAGAUAAUGAAGGGACAUGUAAUGAUAAAGAUUCAAGUGUUGAUCCUGAAAAUUCUGAUGGGAAUUUAGGUUUUUGCAAUGGGAUAUUGGAUCCAGAACAAAAUUGUUCGAAAGUAAAAGGAUGUGCAUACUAUAAUUCAAGUUGCACUAUUUUUACAGGUUGUUCUGCUUAUUUUUUCCAUACAACCUUAGAUUGUCAAAAAAUAUCUUAUUAAUGUAUAUCUGAAGGUGAUGGUUGUAUAGAUGCAAAAAAAUGUGAUGACUAUUUAACUUAAGAUAUUUGUGAAAAUUCAGGAAGUUCGAGUGGUAAAUAUAAAUAAAUAAUAUAGGUUCUGGUAAGUGCAAAUGGGAUUCUGGAGUUUAGAAAUGUCGAGAUGAAUUAUGUAGUGAAGCAGACUUAGUUUUGAGUACUGAUAAAGAAUGUUCUAAAUUUGGAUUUGGUUGCAUCACAAAAGGAUAAGGAUGUACAGAGAGUCCUUUAAAGGAGUGCAAGACAUAUGAAAGCACAAAUUAAGAUUGCAGUAAAUUAAUUGGGUCAGAUGGUUAAUGUGAAUAUUUAUAGGGUAGUUAAUACUGUUAAUAAAAAUAAUGUGAAACUGCUCCAAUUAGAUAUAAUAAAAACGAAGAAUGCGAUAAGUAUUUGAGAGGAUGUAUUACUAAAGGGUAAGGUUGUGUUUAAAAGUUAUGGCCAUGUAGUAGUUAUAAUAAGGAUUGUACAAAUUAUAUAGGUUCUGAUGGGAUAUGUGAAUAUGAAGAGAAUUAAGAAACUUGUAGGAGUCGUAUAUGUGAAAAUGGAUAAUUCAAUUCAGAUGAAGAUUGCAAUCGAUAUAAGAUUGGUUGUGUUACUAAUGGAUUAUCAUGUGUAAGUAGUUUAUAAAGUUGUUCUAGUUACAAAGGAAAUAAAACUAGUUGUUUGGGUUAUAAAGGAUAAGAUGGAUAGUGUAAAGGAAUAGAUGAUAAUGAAUAGUAGUGUUAAGUGUAGGAUUGUAUUAAAGAUAGUAAUAGUAAAUAUGUUACGGAUGAAUAAUGUUAGAAAAUAUAGAAGAUAUGUAAGACAAAUGGAAUGGGAUGUGUAUACAUAUUAAAAUUAUGUAAAGAAUAUGAAGGAAGUCCAGAGAUAUGUUCAUAAUUAAUUGGAUCUGAUGGAAAAUGUUAAGGAGAUGGUACAGAUGGGAAAUGCAAAAGAAGAUCUUGUUUAGAUGCUCCAAGCACUUAUAAUACUGAUUAUGAAUGUAAGAACUUUUAGUAAGACUGUGUAACAAAUGGUAGUGGAUGUAUUGAUUAAACAAGUUGUUAAUUGACUGUUAAAGAGAAUAGUUGUAUAGGUACUACAGGAUGUUAAUGGAAUUCAUCUUGUUUAGAUUCUACAAAAUGUUCUAAUUUUUAGACUCAAUCUAUUUGUGAGAAUAAUUCAGCUUUUAAUUACUUAUAUAAAGAUGGAAUUACAUCUUAUUAUUAUACUAAAUGUUUAUGGAAGAACAAUUAGUGUUUAGAUUUAAAAUGUUCUGAUUUGAUUUCAGAUAAAUAUGAUUCUGAUUUUGCAUGUUAACAAAUAAUGGAAAAUUGUGUAUACAGUGGUUAUGGAUGUAUAGAUAAAUCAAGUGAUUGUUCACUUUUUAAAGGUUCAUAGAUUAAAUGUGCAUAAUAUGCAAAUAAAUGUUGGAAUGAAUCAAAUGCAACAGACAUUUCUCCUUGCAGAAGCAGAUUAUGUUCUGAUAAUACAAUAUUUACAACAGAUGAAGAAUGUGCAUUCUUUUAAAAGGGAUGUAGAACCAAUGGAUAAGGAUGUAUAGAAGAUAUUAAAUUAUGUUCAGAUUAUUAUGGAACUCAAGCUUAAUGUAACAAAUUUAGUGGAUACAUUACUAAUAGCACUGAAAGAUAAUAAUGUUACAAUAUAAAUGGGGCUACUAUUAAUAAUUAAUGUAUUGAAAAAACAUGUGAUUUGGCAGUUGGAUUAACUAAUAAUAUAGAUUGUGGUAAAUUUGCAAAAGGAUGUGUUUGGAAUGGUUUAAAUUCUUGUGUUAAAGAAACUUCAAAUUGUACAUCAUUUUAUGGUACUCAAUAAUAAUGUAAUACAUUUAUUGGUAAUAAGUAACAAUGUUAUGGAUUAAAUACUAAUAAUAAUAAUUCUCAAUGCAAAAUUAAAUAAUGUAUAGAUAAUACUCAACCUGGUUUAACUGAUAAAUAAUGUAAUGAUUUCUUAGAAGGUUGUAUUUCUAAUGGAAUAGGUUGUACACCAAAAGAAACAACAUGUGAUAAAUUUAUUGGAACAGCUGAAACUUGUUCCAAAUUCUUAGGUAAUGGUUUCAAAUGUAACAGAAUGAGUAAUUGUUCAACAAGAUAAUGCUCAGAUUAUACUAAUCCAACUAAACAUCAAGAUUGUUAUAAUUAUCAUUCUAAAUGUCGAUUUGUAAAUUCAUAGUCUCCUUGUAUUAAUUAAACUCUCUGUACUAAUUAUGUAGCUUAAGGAAAUAAUAAUACUGAGAAAUUAACUUAUUGUAAGACUGUUAAGGAUGAUUACAAUUUUAUUUGUAAUUAUCAAUUAGGAGAUAAUAAUUGCAGCAAUUACACUUGUGAAUAAAUGUCAACAUAAACAGAAUGUGAAUCUUAUACUAAAACUAAAAAGUGUUAUUUCAUUAAUAAUUUAUGUGUUUCUAUUAAUGAUUGUUCUAAAAUACCCAUAGAUAACACAUCAGCUGAUAAACCUACUACAGAUUCAUCUAAAUUAACAUGGUGUAAUUAAUAUAAAGAUAUUAAUAAUAAAUAAUGUUCAUACCAUUCUACUUUAAAUUCUAAUAAAUGUUCAAAUUAUAUUUUAUGUGAAUAAGUAGUUUCAGCCACUAAUUCUAUAGAUUGUAAUAGAUUACUAUAUUCAGAUCCAAAUACAACAAAUAAAGGAUGUUAAUAUUAUAAUAAUUAAUGCUAUUCACUUAAAACUAUGUGUACAGAUUAUGUAGCUAUAGGUAAUAAUGAUACAGAAAAGUCUGAAUUUUGUUAAUCUAUGAAAUUAAACACAUCUAUAGGAAAUGUAAAUACAAAAGUUAUAUAAUGUCAAUUUGUUAUUGGAAAUUCUAAUUGUUCAACUGCAACUUGUGAGAGUAUUACUAAUGUAAAUAGCUAAACAGAUUGUGAUAAUAAAGCACUUAAUUGUGUUUAUUUUCAAAGUAAAUGUUAUACUAAAUAAAAUGCAUGUACAUCAUAUAGUACAUCUUCAGUAUCCUCAAAUAAACCAUAAUUUUGUUCAUCUAUGAAGAAUUCUUCAGGAGAAAAUUGUGGAUACAUUGAUGGUAUGAAUAAUUGUAUAAAUUCUUCUUCUGAUUGUAAAGUAUAUAGAUGGGUUAGUUAUAAUAGUAAUCCUGCUCCAUCUCCAGUUCCAUCAUCAAAUUAAGAUAAAAGGAUAUAUUGUUAAGAUAGAAGAUCUACUUAAGGUAGAUUAUGUGGAUAUAUUUAUGGUUAAUCAUAUUGCAGUUUAGAAAUCAAUUAUUGUGAAUUAAUAUAAUCACCUACAUCAUAAAUGAGUUGUGAUCUAUAAGCUUAAGGAUGUACAUAUAUUCAAUAGAGUUAACUUUGUGUUACAACUUCCAGAUUAACAAAUUGUGAUGAUAUCAAAUUUAAUGUGACAAUCUUAUCUACUGAAAUUAUUAAAUUAAAUUAUUGUAAAUCAGUAAAGAGUGAUUCUGGAGAAUGUACUUGGAUAUCUGGAAGUGGAUAAUGUGAUAAUCUACCAACAGUCUGUACAUCAAUUAAUAUAGGUUCAAUUUCAAAUGAUAAUGAUAAAGCAACAUAUUGUUUGAAUAGAAUUAGUAAGGCAGGAAAGUGUGCUUGGAGAAAAGGAGAUACAAUAAGUACUUGUAGAUCAUUUUCUUGUUUUGAUAUUAUUAAUGCUGUAAAUUAAGCAACUUGUGAUAAAAUAAUGAGUGGUUGCACUUAUUAUUAAAAAUAAUGUAUUACACCUUAGUCAAAAUGUGAUUAAUAUUAUGCUUAUGGUACAAAUGAUGAUUAGAAAUUUAAUUAUUGUUAAGGUUUGUCAUAAACAACUAGCAAUUAUAAAUGUACUUAUAUAAUAGGAAGUUCAUUAUGCACUGUUUAAACAAGUAAUUGUAAUUCAUAUAAUGUGAGUGCUUUAAGUGCAAAUAAUAAAUCAACUUGGUGUUAUAUGUUAAAUGAUUUAUCUUCUAAUAAUUGUGCUUAUUCUACUGGAGAUACUGGUUGUAAGUAGAUUACAUGUGAAUUGAUUUUAAGUGCAUCAUCAUAGAAGGAUUGUGAUAUAUAUUUAUCAGGAUGUCAAUAUUAUAAAGGAUUUUGUUACACUAAACCAACAUAUUGUAAUUCAUACUCUAUUCCUUAAAGAAUUACAGAUAAUGUUGUAUUUUGUACUAAUUUUAAAAAUACUUCAAAUUAAUUUUGUGGAUUUGUUAGUGGAAAUACAUGUUCAGAUCCAAGUAGUUGUAGUUCAAUUAUAGCAAAUGGAGAUACAAGUACAUAAUAAUAAACAUAUUGUUAAGCAAGAAAAUCAUCUGAUGGAUAUGUUUGUACAUAUUCAGGUGGUACAUAUUGUACUUAAGUGAGUUCAUCUUGGAGUUGUACUUAUAUUACAGGUACAAUAACAAGUUAAGAUUAAUGUUAAUCUUUUUCAUCAAAUUGUUCUUAUUAGGAUUCAACAAAGACAUGUGAUUUAAAUUCAAAUUUAAAUACUUGUAAUAAAUAUGGAUUUAGUGUUUCAACUGAUGAAGAUACUAGAAUAAAUUAUUGUAGAUCUAUAUUAUCAGGAAGUUGUAGUUAUUAAUUUGGAGAUACAAAAUGUUCAAAUUAAGUAACAUCAUGUAAUUAGAUUUCAAUUUUAAAUAUUAAUGAUAAAAAGAAUUAUUGUUUAGCUAGAAAUAGUUAAAAUGGUAAUUGUUCAUUUGAUGAAUAAAAUGAGAAUUAUUGUAGUUCAAUAAAAUGUAGUGAUAUUGAAUCUCCAAAUUCAUAGAUAGAUUGUAAUAAAUUUAUGUCUGGAUGUAUUUAUUAUAGAAAUUCUUGUUAUUAAACAUAAAAUAAUUGUACUUUAUAUAAAACUUAUGGAAUUGAUGAUCUAACAAAGAAAGAAUAUUGUGAAGGUUUAAAAACAUCAGACAAUACUCAAUGUACUUUUAUUGCAAGUUUAGGAGUAUGUAGUAAUUAUUCUAGUAAUUGUUCAUCUUAUGAUGUAUCUGGUAUUUUAGAUAAAAAAAGUUGGUGUGAAUUAUUAAUUUAAAUUGAUGGAUAAUAAUGUACUAAUAUAAAUGAUUCUAUAAAAUGUAGUUUAAUGACAUAUACUUGUGAAUAAAUUACAGCUUAUAAUUAAAUAGAUUGUGAUAAAGUUCUAUUAAAUAAAUGUAUUUAUUUUGAUUAAAAAUGUUAUACAAAAUAAAAUACUUGUUCAUCUUAUGUAAUUCCUUAAAGUAUAAGUAAUAAAUAACUUUAUUGUAAAAAUAUGUUAGAUAGUUCAUAAAAAUAUUGUACAAGUGGAUCUACUAAUUGUGGAUCACCUACUAUUGAUUGUACUGAUAUAAUAACUAAUGGAAAUGAUGAUUAAUAAAAGAGAGUUUUUUGUAGAUAAUAUAAAUCUUUUGAUGGAUAAAUGUGUGGAUAUUUAUCUGGAACAAAAUGUGAAAUUGAACGCAAUUAUUGUAGUGUAUUUAGUAAUGUUACAAAUUAAGAAUUUUGUGAUUUGAGAUUAGAUAAUUGUGUUUAUAUUUAAAAAAGUGGAAAAUGUGUUGAAAAAUAUUUAGUUUAAGAUUGCACAUUUAUGUUAUUUGAUUCUAAUUUAUCAAAUAAAUUAAGUUAUUGUUAAUCUUAUAAUGUAAAUGGUAAUACUUGUACUUGGAAUACAGCUAUUGAUCAUUGUGAAUUAGAUACUAAAAAAUGUAUUGAUUUUGAUGCAUCUAGUUAAACAGAUAAAAAAACAUUCUGUUAAUCUAAGAAAGGAUAUAAUUGUUCAUGGAGAAAUGGUGAUACAUCUUAAUUUUGUAGAUAAUUUAAAUGUUAAGAUAUAGAUCUUGCAUAAAGUUAAUCUGAUUGUGAUUCUAAAAUGUUUGGAUGUAGUUUUUACAUUAAUUCUUGUUUCACACUUGAAAAUAAUUGUGAUAAUUAUUAUGCUUUAGGUACUGAUAAUUAAUUAAAAUAAUCUUUUUGUAAUGGAAUUCCAACAAAAUCCAAUUAAAAGUGUACAUAUUUAUCAAAUGAUUAUAAAUGUAGAUUAAGAGAUUAAUGUACUACUUAUAAUGUCUAAAAUUUAAGUGAUAAAAUUAAUACAUGUUUUGGUAUGUAUAAUUCUACAGGAAUAUAAUGUAUUUAUGUUAAAGGUAACACUUGUAAUUAAAUUGAUAAAUGUGAAACUUAUAAUGGAUUAACUAAAAUGAGUGAUUGUACUAAAUUAAUUGAUAUUAAUAAUAGAUUCUGUCUUGAAGGUAAAACAACAUGUCUUACAUUUACUUGUGAAGAUAUUAAUGAUCCUAAAUCUCAAGAGGAUUGUGAUACUAAAUUAAAAAACUUAUGUUAUUACAAUAAUUCCAAAUGUAUUACUAUAUCUGAUUGUUUUACUUAUAAAAAGAGUGAUUGGCCAUCUAAUGUAGAUCCUAUCAAACAUUGUGCCACUCUUAUUGAUAAAAAUGGACAUUAUUGUACUGCUGAUAAUGCAAACAGUAUUAAUUGUAGAGAAAGAUUAUGUAGUGAUAAAUUAUUCUAUUUAAAUUCAGAAUGUAAAGAAUGGAAAUCAACUUGUAAAUCAGAUGGAUCAAAAUGUAUUGAAUCAAAUAAAGAAUGUUCAUAUUUUACUGGAAAUAAAGAUUCAUGUAGUAAAUAUUUGGAUUCUGAUAAUCUUAAUUAUUGUAAAGUUAUAGCUGGUACUGAUUAAGAUAUUGGAUCAUGUUCAACAUUAUCUUGUUAUUAAAAUACUACUGCUACAUCUGAUUCAGAAUGUCAAUCAUUUUAAAAUGGAUGUUUAACUAAAGGAGUAGGAUGUAUAAUUAAUACUGCCAAAUGUGAUGAAUAUAGAGGUACCAAAAAUCAAUGUUCAAAAUUUUAAGGAUAUGUAUCUAAAACAUAAACAGAAUUCUGUUCAGGAGACUCAACAAAUACUGAUUAAUCAAAAUGUAGAUCUAGAAUAUGUUCUGAUAAUCUUAUUGAUAAUAGUGAUACUUAAUGUUCAUAUUUUAAAAUUGAUUGUGUAACAAAUGGAUAAGGUUGUAUUGAUAUUAAUGCUAGUUGUAGUAGUUAUAAAGGUACUUAAGAAUAAUGUAGUAAAUUCAUGGGUAAUAAUAAAACUAUUUAUUGUUGGAAUGAUUUAGAUGCUUCUAGUGAUAAAAAUUGUAUUGAUAAACAAUGUUAACAUAUUAUGGGUACAACUAAUGAAUAAUGUGAAUAAGCAUUUCCAAAAGUCUUAAUUAAUGGUAUAUAGACACUCCUUUGUGUUAGUAAUGGUAUAAAUUGUAUCAAACAUCCUGCUAAAUGUAAUGAUUUCUUAGGUAACAAUAUAACAUGUUAGCUAUUCACUGCAUUUAUUGAUGGACCAUGUAAAGGUAAUUUAGAUAAUUCAAUUGGAUAAUGUUAACCUAGAUAAUGUUAUGAAGCACCAAAAUCAUAUAAUACUGAUGCAUAAUGUUAUGAUUAUCAUCCUACUUGUUUAACUACAGGAUAAGGAUGUAUGAAAUUUUAAUCAUAUGAUUAGUUUGGUAAACCAACUCUAAAUUGUAAUAGUAUUGUUAACAAUGAUGUUUGUUCUUUAAAACUUGGUUGUACUCUUGCCAGUUAAUGUUUAGUAUAAGUUUCAUCAUGUUCAUUAUUAACAUCAUAAGCUAUUUGUUAAACAACUAUACUUUCAAAUGGAACAAAAUGUGUUUAUGAUUUAUCAAUUAAUAAAUGCAGAGAUAUUGAAUGUUCUGAUUAUGUUGAUAUAAAUGAUAAUAAUAUAUGCUAAAAAUAUGGAAGUAAUUGUACAACUAAUGGUAAUGGAUGUGUAAUUAUGAAAUCAUGCUUUUUAUAUUAUGAUAAACUAACAUGUUAAUCUGCAUAUUCAACUGAUCCUAUUAAUAGAUGUACAUGGACUAAUAAUGGAUGUAGAUAGAGAGAAUGUAAAGAUUUCAAAGGAACUAAUAAUUCUUCUUGUAAAUCAUUCCUAUAAGAUUGUAUUACAAAUGGCUAGAAUUGUAUUGGACCAAAUUAUUUAUGUGAAGAUCUCCUUUAAAAAAGCUGUUUAACAGAUUAUUUAGGUAAUCCUUGUCUAUUCUAUAAUAAUAAAUGUCAUUCUUACUCAAAAUGUUAAGAUAUGAAAUUAACAACACAUGAUUAAUGUCAAUCAUUCUCAGAACUUUGUACUACCAAUGAAAUUAAUUGUAUUCCCUUAAAUAAAUGUGAGAAUUAUACAAAUUAAGUGUCUUGUAUUAUAGGAGUUAAUGGUAAAUGUGGAUGGAUUAAUGAAAAAUGUAAUUUAUUUAAAGGAUGUUCUAAUGUUUAAGGAACAACAACUAUUAUCUGUCAACAAUAUUCUCAAACUUGUAUUAGUGAUGGAAUUUAAUGUGUAGAAUAAAAUCUCUGUUCAUUAUAUAAUUCUUAAUAUUUAUGUGAAAAAAAUAAAGGAUUAGAUGGAGAUUGUAUAUGGACUAAUAAUACUUGUAGAUUGAAAUAAUGCGAAGAUUUGACAACAAAUACUGAUACAUUCAAAAAAUGCUUUGAUCAAUUAACUCAUGUAAAAUGCUCUAGUAAUGGUACUAAAUGUAUAUCUUUAACUUCAUGUGAAUAUUACGAAGAAAAAUCUUGUAUAUUGAGUUCAAAUGGACCUUGUAUUUAUAAAUUACCUCUUGAUUAAAGUACUGGUUAAAUUAGUUGUCGAUUAAAGGAAUGUUAAGAUGUUAUAGGUAAAACUUUAGAAAUUUGUAAGUCUGCUUUUGAUUCUUCAUACAAGAAAUGUGUAUCAAAUGGAUCUGUAUGUAUUGAUCUAAAUUACUGUGCAUCAUAUACUACUAAAGUAGCAUGUGCUUCAGGAGGUAUAGAUGGAUAAUGUGCUUUUUAACCUAAUGCUUCAAAAUCUAAUGAUGGAAUCUGCAAACUCUUUACAUAAUGUUCAGAUGCAGAUAAUGAUAAAGAUGUCUGUCUUUCCAACUCAAAAUAUUGUUAAUGGAUUUCAAAUAGUUUAAAAAAAUAAUGUAUUCCUCAUACAUGUCUUACAUACAAUACUAAAAAUGAUUGUCAUCCUGUUCCCAGUUUUGAUUAAAAAUCAUAUCUCUUAUGUGCUAAAGUCAAUAAUAUCUGUUAAGAAGUUUAACCUACAACAUUGACUAUGGAUACUUGUUAUAUUAAUAGUGCCUAAACAUAUAUUUGGAAUACAUCAACAUCAAAAUGUGUACAAUGUAAAAUUUAACUUAAUAAUAAUAUUACUACAACUUCAAAGGUUACCAAUAAUUCCUCACUUAUGUUAAAUAUAUUAUUAAUCAUAAUCAGUUUAUAUUUUUGA